GUCUUUACAUGAUGACAUCCGGUAUAGCCGACGGAGUAGCGCUAACAGUGUCUUCCUGUGGAAGAGUCGCCAUUUUCUCAAUGUGUCCGUUGCUGGAGUAGCGUGCCUUUUGCGGAUAUACCUGCGGGAAUUGUUGCUGUCUGUAUUUAGGCGUUAAACGUCAACUACGUGGGCCGAUAAGAGUUAUCAAUCUAUCGUCAUCGACUUAAGAACGUCCGUGAUAAUAUGAAUCAGUCGCGGAAUUUCACGUCAUUAUUGAAUCCAAGUUAUCUGCAAAAUGCUCAACAGAACCCGGCGAAUGCGAACGCAGCGGCAGCAGCCUCAGCCGCGGCUGCUGCCGUGGUAAAUGCCGCGAUUGCAAACGGCACACAGCCGAAUGCCAACGCAAACGCAUGUUCUACAACACUGACACGCAAGCGAGAAUCAGAGGAGGAUUGUAAGCAAGAGAAAGAGACAAAAGAGGAACGUAAGAAGAGGAGAAAAACUAGAUGGGGAGGUAGCGAACAUGACAAAACAUUUAUACCAGGGAUGCCUACAGUACUACCAACAAAUCUGACUCCUGAACAAGAGAAGGCUUAUCUCUUUCAGCUGCAGAUUGAGGAAAUCAGCAGGAAGCUACGCACUGGAGACCUUGGAAUUCCACUUAACCCUGAGGAAAGAUCUCCAUCUCCAGAACCAAUCUACAGUAGUGAUGGCAAACGGUUAAACACGAGAGAAUAUCGUACAAGACGUAAAUUGGAAGAAGAACGUCACAAUUUGAUUCAGAAGAUCCUUAAAAUUAAUCCAGAUUUUAAGCCACCACCAGAUUAUAAGCCACCAAUAAUACGAGUUCAUGAUAAAGUAAUGAUUCCUCAGGAAGAGCAUCCCGAUAUAAAUUUUGUGGGUUUACUUAUUGGACCACGAGGAAAUACCCUGAAAUCUAUGGAAAAAGAGACAGGUGCAAAAAUUAUAAUUCGUGGGAAAGGCUCUGUGAAAGAGGGUAAAGUUGGCAGGAAAGAUGGUCAACCCUUACCGGGUGAGGAUGAACCUUUGCAUGCAUACAUCACGGCGAACAAUUUAGAUGCCGUCAAAAAGGCUGUGGAACGAAUACACGAAAUUAUUCGGCAAGGUGUGGAAGUGCCAGAAGGUCAAAAUGACUUGCGUCGUAAUCAGUUACGCGAACUAGCUCUUUUAAAUGGAACUUUACGCGAAAAUGACGGUCCACGCUGUACCAAUUGCGGAGCUUCGGAUCACAAAUCUUGGCUGUGCCCAGAUAAACCAAAUGUGACGAACAACAUCGUAUGUUCGAGUUGUGGCGGUGCAGGACAUAUUGCUCGGGAUUGUAGAUCAAAGAGACCUGGUCAAGGGGGUCCGGCAACUACCGGAAUGGGAGGUAUGGGUCCAGGUGGCGAUAAAGCCAAGAUAGAUGAGGAAUAUAUGUCGCUUAUGGCAGAGUUAGGAGAAGGACCGCCACCUGACAGAUCGAAAUCUGGACAACCCAGACAAAAUCCGAAUCCCAAUUACCCUGGACUCUUCGAUAGGCAACAACCACCUCGUGCAUUGAUGGCGGCCCCAGCACAUCCACCACCUCAGAUGAUGCAAGGUGGACCGAUGAUGCCACCGCCUGGAAUGGCACCACCACCAUGGAGCCAAGGCGAUAAUAUGAACAAUAUGAACAUGCAAUGGCAACCACCGGUCAGUAUGCCACCACCACCAGGCGUGAUGCAGCCGCCACCGCCACCGCCUGGUUCUACCGCCGCACAACCGAACAUUCCACCAUUGAUGCCGUGGAUGGCUGGUAACAAUCAGCCGCCACCACCGGGCCAAAUGCCACCCACGCAGAUUCCACCGCCUGGAAUGGGCAUACCACCAUGGCAGCAAGGCCAACAAGGUCCUAUGCGACCGCCACCACCAGGAACAGCGCCGCCACCGGGAUUCCCAGGUUGGCAGCAUCAGCAAAUGGGAGGCUGGCCGCCCGCUGCUCCGGUACCGCCUCCACCACAACAACAGACUCCUGCGCCACCGGGUAUAGACCUAAACACUUUGCCAACUUUACUCGCGCAGCCACCACCACCGCCUCCGCCCACCAGUUAGUCCUAAACGUCUCAGCAAACCUUCCUGGAAAAUACGACAAGUACGAAGUUGACGGAAAUAAAUAAGGAACAAUUACAUCGCAACUUUUAUUCAUGCGAUAGGUUUUGACUCUUUUCUUCAUACGUGACUUUGUUCUGGUACAAUGUGCGGCGUGUAAUCACAAAAUUUUCGAUGAAUUUACGGAAGUUUGAGUAUUUUCAUUGAUUACGAAUAAGUAGAUAAAGCGAAUGAAGAAGAGUUUGACAUCUCGGAAAAAAUUGUAUACGCAAUUCGUAAAUAGAACAUCUAACUUUAGUUAUCGACAUUAAACUGACAUAAUCUUAGAUUUCUUGCUUGAAUUCAUUUAAAUGACUAUGGCACAUGAAU